AUGCCGGUGCUUCGCCUGAAAACAGCGGUUCCGCUGAUUGCCCUUCUCUCAAUCGCACUUUUCUUUUGGUGCGUUGAACGCUUCGAUCGGGCGGCUUUCUUGCGGUUCAAACAGCCAGCCGAUCACGUCGUUGGCUCGGCCUCCCCACAGAUUCAGCUGCAGCCUACAUCGCCUUCCACCAAGUCCUGCGAGGUCGACCCCAAUCUCAUGCCUCCUCUGCCUUUCGCUGAAUGGCUUCCUCGCAAGAACUACACCCGUGCCUACUUCCGCCCUCACCAUGUGAGCCCCAAGACCGAGUUCAGCUCAUUGGAGGAUAUCGAGGUUCCCGUUCUCCCGCCUAUGACCGUCAUGGAGCGUGGCAUGAUUGUGUCGCCCGACAACAAGGAAUCGUCUUUGCCUUGCCCUCCGAUCAUCGACGUGAACGUUGCCGCUGAUCACGAUGUGGAUGAGACUGACAAGCUUCUGUUCGGUCUUGCCACCACGGCCGACCGUCUCGAUCGCCUGCUGCCAUCCCUCCUCUACUCCUACGGCAACACCAAGGUCGGAUUGAUUGUGCUUGUCCCCGAUUCUGAUGACGAUAUUCCCAAGCAAGAGACCUACUUCCGUAACCGCGGUCUGGAUCUGACCCUGAUUCAGUCUCCUCUUGAUUUCACCGCUCGUUACUUCGGUCUCGUGCAGGCAUUUGCGGAGCACAUCAAGACUAAGCGCCCUCAAACCCAGUGGGUCAGCUUCAUUGAUGAUGAUACCUUCUUUCUGUCGCUGCCUACAGUCGCUGAGGAAUUGAAGCUUUUCGAUGUGAGCAAGAAGCACUACAUUGGUGCUUUGUCCGAGGCUAGCUGGCAGGUAGAUACUUUCGGUCACAUCGCCUUUGGUGGCGCUGGUGUCUUUGUUUCGAAGCCCCUGCUCGAUGUUCUGGUGGAUAAAUACGAUGAGUGCCAGUCCUGGGGUGAGCAGCCUGGUGACCAGAAGCUUGGUCAGUGCAUCCAGCGGUAUGGAGACACUCCCCUCACCCUCUGGCCCUCUCUCUACCAGAUGGACAUGAAGGGUGAGGUCGAUGGUGUGUAUGAGUCCGGUCGUAAGAUCGAGUCUCUUCACCACUGGAAUAGUUGGUACACCAAGGAUGUUGUGAAGAUGACUACUGUGGCUGCUGCCGCCGGUCGCCGGUCGGUUCUUCGCCGCUGGGUCUUUGACCAGGAGGAGAUCGUCAACAACGCCACCGGACGGUCCACCCGUACCUUCUGGGUUUUCACGAACGGAUAUUCGCUUGUCAAGUACACCUACGACGAGAAUACACCUGAUGAUGCCAUUAACUUCGACCAUGCUGAAAAGACCUGGGAAGAAGAUCCCCGCGGUUACGAGGCCCGUCUGGGUCCGCUCCGCUUGAGAGAUCAGGAAGGUGUCACCAAGGACCGUUGGUUGCUACGCGAAGCUUUCGUUGUGGGCGACAACGUCCAUCAGUGGUAUGUGCGUGAGGAAGAUGAAGGCCACAGUGUGAUUGAGAUUGUCUGGCUCGGUCCCAAGGGCGGUGGUGGUGCAGGCAUCAAGGACUUCGCUGUUCGCAGACAACACUGA